CCAACAGGUCGUCGUCCAAGUCAAGUUGAGAUUUUUUCCCCCCCACUAACGCUCGCCAAGUUUUUAAAAUUUUUUAAAAAUGAUUAAAGUGAUUAUUAAGCGGAUUUAGUGCGGCUGGUGUUAAGUUUGGUCGACUGAACACGGUGUCAUGACAAAGUUGGAAUUGAAACUCUGAAAUCUUCUUGUCGACAUGGCUCAAGCGAUGGAUAGUAAUAUUCAUCCGAAGAUGGACAUUCAAAUGGGCACAGCUCUGGUGGGACCCAUGGAAUCUCGCAAUGUUCCGUCCACCAUCCACGUCCGCAACCUGUGCCAAAACGGAAACAACCUGAUGGACCAGCAAUAUUAUCCGCACAAAUCGGAAUCUCCAAUGCCUUUGCUUCCGGGCCCUAUCCAGACCCGAAUCUGCUCCUCGCCGGCGGGUCUGUCAACUGGCCGUCAACAUUUAUCAUCCGCCGGAACCGAAGAAACUUUAACCGAAUCAGAAUCGUCUGGCUGGUUGGGCGGAUUAUUCGGCCGCAUUCGUUCAGCGUUCCGGAAUUGGGACAACCAUGGCAAUAAAGGUGACGAGUGGGAUAUUCCAUUCGAAGCGCUCAGUGAUCUCGAGCAUUUAGCAUCCGGCACUCAAGGUGUCGUCUACAAAGCCCGGAUGCGUAGUGAAAUUGUCGCCGUCAAAAAAGUCAACGAUAAGAACGAGAUUGAAAUUCCGGCCCUUCGUCAACUCAAUCAUCCAAACAUUGUCCGCUUCAAGGGAGCGUGUAAUGAAGCGCCUAAUUAUUGUUUGGUGAUGGAAUAUUGUCCGAACGGAACGCUGUACGAUUUUCUCCGGAGUGAAAACAAGUUGUCGCCCCAAUUGACCUUCGACUGGGCCGUCGAGAUCGCUGCUGGAAUGCACUAUCUUCACCAGAACAACAUCAUGCAUCGUGACCUGAAAAGUCCAAAUAUCUUGUUGGAUGCCAACAACGUGGUGAAAAUCACCGAUUUUGGCACAUGCCGGACAUUCACCAAUCAAAGCAUCUUGAUGACGGUCAUUGGCACGUACGCCUGGAUGGCGCCCGAAGUCAUUUGCAAAGGAAAAAGUGGAAAAAAAGCCGACGUUUGGUCUUAUGGUGUUGUCCUGUGGGAGCUCCUGACUAGGGAGACGCCCUAUCGCGACAAAAAUUACGGCGCCAUCCUCUACGGCGUGGGCAGCAAUCAGCUGCAGCUGCAUCUUCCGCCAACCCUUCCGGCGGCCUUGCUCGACUUGAUGGAAAAGUGCAGGGAUAAGACUGCUCGCAAACGGCCCUCGUUUUUGGAGAUUCUACGCCACCUGUCCGACUGUUCGGCCGAACUGGUGGACCAGGAGCCGGUAAACUACGCCAAUCUCCAACUGGAGUGGAAGAAGGAGAUUUGCUCCUUCGCCACCUACCGCAGCAAUCACCACUCGACCGUUUCGAGCGGCCAGGAACGGGAGACGAUGGAUGCCGUGUUCAUCAACGAAGAUAACAAUCGAAACAACAACAACAACGAUUACGUCGACGGUGGAAACUCUUUGGCGAAUCGGCAGGCUCAAAUCAAACACGUCGAGGACCUCCUAAAAGAGAAGCUGAUUGAGCUGGUGCAAAGUAAAGUCUACAACGAGGUCGUCUACUACAUGGACGUUCUCAAAGAAAUGAAACCUAAAAACAAAGAAAUGAGGGCCAAACAGCGCAAACGAAGUUACAAGCGAAGUGUCGUCAGGAGUCGAUCGGUGAAAUCAAUCAAGGAGCGAUUGGAAUCAGGACCAGUUCCUGGACGCCAAGAGGUCAAGGAAAUGUGCCAACGGGAAGAAGAGGAGGAGACGUCGAAUGAGUCCAGAUCCAGAUCAAUGGGGCCCACCCAAUCCAGCUGGGAGACGUGCUCCGACGAGGAAGAGGAAAUGAAAAGUUCGCCCGUCUCCCUGUCUCGCAAAAGCUUUGGGCGGAAUCCAAUCCGGACGCGCAAACCUUUCAGGGAUCGUCCCACUUCGCUCUACUCGCGAAAUUCGCUCGACGAAAAUCGCCUUUCACUUGUUUCGGUCAACGAAGAUGACGGAGACAUGCCGGAAGUUUGAUUUUGUUUUUUUUUAUUUUUUAAAUAAUCCUAUUAUGCAAAACGUGACGCUGACAUUUCUAUUUGGAGGGGGAGGGGGGAGAUGUACAGUUACUAACGCGUGAUGCGCGCUGGUGGCUAAUAUUCACGUGGAACCAGUUUCUAUAAUAUCUUCGUUGAUAUAUUCUAACUGUUUAUUUUUCCAGAAAAAUUUUUGAUUCCGGUUUUUUUUUUAGUGUACUAAAAGAAUAUGUUUCUUCGUGAAGUGUUGCUCAAGGCGUUGGUUAAUUUUAUUUUUUUAAAUUAUUUUACUAACUUUAUUUUUUCAAAAUUUUUUGGUUCGGCGUGAAUUUCAAUGAGUUGCAUCAUCAUUUUUAAAAUUCAUUUCCUUUUUUUAUUAUUAUUUCGUAUUAUUAUUAUGCCCUUCCUAAAUCGUAAUUCGAGCCAACUUCAUCUGCAUUGCCAUGUCUUCGCCAACCAUAUUUGCCAUAUCUCAAAUGCGCCAUAACUUAAACUUUCAAAAGAAAUACAACGACGUUAUCUUUUA